UACAAAUUCAACCAUGUGACAAACUGAACCAACAGUGACAGGUUGUGCGUGUGUGUGUUUGUGUGCUAUCUGUGACAAGUUAUGCGGAACUUGUGCCUCCUCCUCGGCAUGUCUGUGUUGUGGCUUCCUAUUUACUGAAAGCUCUCGCAACAGGUUCACACUGAGCGGCGCGUUGUGUGGGCUGUGAAAUGUCUGAGCUGUGAGGUGAGCAGCUACACGGCAGGAUGAAGGCAGCAGAGCGCGAGCGUGGACAUCAAAUUACGGUGAAAAGAGUAUACCUAUGAUUUUAUGACAGCAUUUUGUUUUGAGGAAGUGUUGAUGUGAUGUGCGCGUGAAUGGUUUUUUUCGCUUCUUGAGUGUUUUUUUGGUUCCCGCGUGAGGCUAAACUAGCGUGAUCAAAAUGAAGUUUAACGGUUAUCUGAAGCUCCGGAUCGGCGAGGCGGUGGAGCUGAAGCCCACCACCUUCUCCCUCCGACACUCUGUCAUCUUCAACAAAGCCGCUCCAGGCCUAGACCCCUAUAUCGUGGUGAAGGUGGACGACCUCAAAAUUGGACAAACUAUCACCAAACAGAAAACUAACACGCCGACGUUCAACGAGGAGUUCUGCCUCAACGUGAACGACGGGAAACAAAUCGAGUUGGCAGUUUUUCACGACACUCCGAUCGGAUAUGAUGACUUUGUGGCAAACUGCAUCAUUCAGUUUGAGGACCUCAUCAAAACCUCCAACACAGGAGAGACUUUCGAUGGAUGGAUGGACUUGGAGCCAGAGGGCAAGGUUUAUGUUCAUAUUACACUCACUGGAUCCUUCAUUGAUGACGAUGUCACAGUGACAGAGAAAACCUUCAAGCAGUUUACAAGGAAGCGCCAGGGGGCCUUAAGACGGAAGAUCCACCAGGUCAACGGACACAAGUUCAUGUCCACGUUCCUCCGUCAGCCCACCUUCUGUUUCCACUGCAGAGAGUUCAUCUGGGGUGUUUUUGGAAAGCAGGGUUACCAGUGCCAAGUGUGUACCUGUGUGGUUCACAAACGAUGCCACCAGCUGGUCGUCACGGUGUGUCCACGCAUGAAGAAUCCAGCAAAAGAACAGCCCAUAAACCAAGGCUUCAGCAUCAAUGUCCCUCACAUGUUCAACCUCCACAACUUCAAGACGCCCACUUUCUGUGACCACUGUGGCUCCCUGCUGUGGGGAAUCGUCAAGCAGGGGCUGCAUUGUAAAAUCUGUAAAAUGAAUGUUCACAUCCGCUGCAGAGGGAACGUUGCUCCCAACUGUGGAGUCAACAGCGUGGAACUGGCCAAUAAGCUUGCAGAGAUGGGUCUGCAGGCUGGAGGACUCUCGAAACGCAACUCAGUGGCCAAAAGUGCCGGUGAGAUGAGGGCGCCCACUGAAAGGAGUGAGAGUAUGGACACUCUGUCGCAGAUCCCUCGACUGGGCAUCUCAGACUUCACGUUCCUUCAAGUCCUCGGCAAGGGCAGUUUUGGCAAGGUGAUGCUGGCGAGACUUAACGGCAAAGAUCGGGUUUUUGCGAUCAAGGUGUUGAAGAAGGACAUCAUUUUACAGGACGAUGAUGUGGAGUGUACCAUGACUGAAAAGAGGGUGCUGUCUCUGGCCGGCUGUCACCCCUACCUCACUCAGUUGUACUGCUGCUUCCAGACGCCGGACCGUCUCUUCUUUGUAAUGGAGUUUGUGAAUGGUGGAGAUCUUAUGUUCCACAUCCAGAAGUCCAGGAAGUUUGAAGAGCCUCGGGCACGUUUCUACACAGCAGAGAUCACCUCCGCCCUCAUGUUCCUGCACGACAAAGGCAUCAUCUACAGGGAUCUAAAGUUGGACAAUGUUCUGCUUGACAAAGACGGUCACUGUAAACUGGCGGACUUCGGCAUGUGCAAAGAGGGCAUAUUUGAAGGCGCGGCCACAGGAACUUUCUGUGGGACCCCAGAUUACAUAGCCCCCGAGAUCCUGCAGGAGAUGCUGUAUGGGCCCUCUGUGGAUUGGUGGGCUCUCGGAGUGCUGCUGUAUGAGAUGCUGUCGGGACACGCUCCCUUUGAGGCCGAAAAUGAAGAUGACCUCUUUGAAUCCAUCCUCAAUGAAGAGAUUGUUUAUGCGUCUUGGCUCAGUGCAGAGGCAGUGAAUAUACUCAAAGCUUUCUUGACCAAAAACCCGGCCCGGCGUCUGGGCUGUGUGGCCUCGGAGGGUGGAGAGAGCGCUGUGACCUGCCACGCCUUCUUCACUGGCAUCGAUUGGGAGAAGCUGAAUCGUAGAGAAAUGGAGCCUCCCUUCAAGCCCAGGAUCAAAACACCAGAAGACGUCAACAACUUUGACCCAGAUUUUACUCAGGAAGAGCCCACCCUCACGCCCAUCGACGACCCUCUGAUCCCUUCAAUCAACCAGGAGGAGUUUCGUAACUUCUCCUUCACCUCGUCUGAACUGCAGGAGAGCUAAGAGUCUCCUCAUUGAUCCAGCAGUCAUCCUGCACUCUCACUCUUCUCAGUGUCCGUGACUUUUCCUAAGACAGUUCCCAGUGGUACGUGCAGUAUGAUACUGUCACAUUCCCCAGAGACAUGAGGGUGCAAAGGGCCGAGGAGUCAGCCAAACACGCUUGGCAAGAACCAGGGUUGCACCUGAUGAACUCUUAAGCAUUUCUGUAAUUCCCAAAAGAAGUAUUAUGGGAUCAUCUUUUGAAAUGACAUUUAGUUUUGACUUAAGGCUCAGUUGGGACAAAUUCAUGCAAGUGCCAGUGUGUAAAUGGUGUAUUUGACAUGUUGUAAAACUUGUUUGAAAAAGGUGUACACCCUCAGAAUUGUACUGUACAUUUUGCUCUGAAUGAGUUUGCUUACGGUUGCUUAAAAUGAAAAUGCACUUUUUGGAGCAUAA